UUUGCGAUGCCACGGUUAUGUGAUUUACACAUUUAAUGUUACGUUUCGAUAGAGUGUACGCCCAGUGUUAAGUUGACAAGAGUGUAAAUAUUGGAGUAGUGGAUGUGAGUUUUUGAAAGGCCUGUUUGCUUUUAUCAGCCAUUAUUUUAGGAAGAGUCUUGGAUUUUCAAAAAAACUUUUUAUGAAGUGCUACGGAAAACAUUAGGAAGCUAGUGAAACGAUGUCCCACCACAGUGAUGAUGGUAUGUUGAUUGUCUCUAGCGAUAGUUUUUGGGAACCGGGAAAUUAUAAAAGAACAACGAAAAGGAUAGAGGAUGGGUUCAGGCUUAGUAAUGAGCUGAUUCAGCUUAUCCAGGAGAGAAGUGAAAUAGAAAAGAGUUAUGGAAAGAGUAUCAGAGCUUGGGCAAAAAAAUGGAAUGAUAUUAUAGAAAAAGGUCCAGAAUAUGGAACUACAGAAGCAGCUUGGAAAGGGGUGCUGGUAGAAGCAGACAGACGUUGUGAAAUGCAUGUAAGGGUGAAAGAUAAACUCCAGAAUGAAGUUAUUCAGCAGAUCAAACAAUGGCAAAAGGACAAUUUUCACAAGUCAAUGAUGCAAUUGAAGGAGAAGAAAGAAAUGGAUGAUGCAUUUAAAAAGGCUCAAAAGCCAUGGGCUAAACUACUGGCCAAAGUGAACAAAGCUAAGUCUGACUAUCACACAGCAUGUAAAAAUGAGAAGUCAGCUCAGAAUCAAGAAAGAAAUGCCAAUGCUGAUACCUCAUUGUCUCCUGAUCAGGUUAAAAAGAUGCAGGAUAGGGUUGCAAAAUGUAAAGAUGACGUUCAGCGCACCAAGGAACGCUAUGAGCAAGCUCUUCGAGAGAUCAAUGAUUAUAAUGCAAAAUAUAUGGAAGAUAUGACUGUUGUAUUUGACAAAUGUCAAGAAUUUGAACAAAAGAGGUUGGAUUUCUUCAAAGAGAUGUUAUUUGGUAUUCAUGCCUGUUUGAACAUUUCGGAAGACCUAGAAUUACCACAGAUCUAUGAAGAGUACAAACAUACAAUACAGAAUGCUGAUGCUAUAAAGGAUCUCAAGUGGUGGUCACACAACCAUGGGAUAGGAAUGGCCAUGAACUGGCCGCAGUUUGAGGAAUAUUCCGAGGAAUUCCGUGAUAUAACAGGAAAGACGAAGAAGGGUGUAAUGCUUGAAGGUGGCAUCAUGCUUGUGAAUCAACAGAAACUCAAAGAAGACUUUCCAGAAUAUUCACCUGAAUUACAAAGUAUUUCUAAGAAGGAUAAAAGAGGAAAUUUCAGUGAUUCAGGCGUAAUGUUGACGAAUAUCAACCAUAGAAAAGAAAUUCCUUCAAAAGAUACAAAUAAAGAUACUUCAAACCGUAAUUCUGCUGUGAGCUCGAAUGGCCAAGAACAAAAUCCUUUUGAUGAGGAAAAUGAUGACUGGGAUGACUAUAAUAAUGAUGCAUUAGUUGAUAAUGGUGAACCUGGAGUGGCUGUCAGAGCACUUUAUGACUAUGAAGGAGCUGAAGAAGAUGAGUUAAGUUUCCAGCAAGGUGAAACAUUUGUGAAACUGGAAGAUGAAGAUGAGCAGGGUUGGUGCAAGGGACGUAAGGAUGGAAAAGUGGGAUUAUACCCUGCUAACUAUGUGGAACUUGUUCAUACUUAGACAGUAUGUCAUUCAGCAGCUUUUCUGUUGGCCCUAUGGGACCCAUAUGGAAUUCAUUCCACUCAGGCUCUUAUCCACCACCACCACCAGUAGCCACAGACAGUGAUCAUCUCAAAUUUCCCAUUCACUCGUGUCCUUAAAAAAAGUUUUGUGAACCUCUCUCAUGAAACUUCCUAUAGAGAAGUUCCCCAAGUUUCUGCUGAUACUUGUACCACCUGUAUGUUUGAAUUUUUGUGCAGAACUCCUGUAGUUUCUACGCAUACACCCACCUCCCCAAGAAAAAAAAAAUCUGCAUUGAGAAUAUUGGUAGAAAUCAAAAUAGUGUGGUUAUUUGAAUUCAGCACUGUCAAAAACGUUUAACUUCAAGAACCAUGUAACAAUUUAAUCCCAAUAUUAAAAAUGUGCAGCAAUAUUUUAAGCUUUUUUUUUCUUUCUUUUUAUAUUUUAUUAUGGAUAGUUUCUUAAUGAAACAUCAGGUAUUCCAGGGUUGUUGUUGUCAAAUAUAAACACCUUUAAUUUAUUGAAAAAAAAACUAAUAAAAGAACAAAAAAAAUUAAAUAAGACCUGCUAAUUGAGAUCUGUAUUUUAAAAGCAGCAGAUUUGAGGUUUCUCUGAUGUAUGAAUGUUUUAAAUGAAUAUAUAUAUAUAGAAUGAGUAGUGCUCAUAAAUAGUCAUAAGUGAUUAUGUCCAUACCUACAAAGUACCAGAUAGCUUUAAUAUAAUAUAAUACAGCUGUGUCAGAUCAGGCAUUAAAUAACUAUCAAGGCAGUUAAUCAGUAAAAAUAUUGAGGAGUGUUUGAGUAUUAAUUGAUUGUAAGAUAAUACCUUCAUUCAUAUAGUGAUUUUUUUUAUGUUUCAGUGAGGCUUUUCUACUAUUGUAUUAUUUGUUCUUUUUAUAUUAAUUUGAUUUUUGUAUUGGAAGAUAAAUUUUCUUGCAAAUCAUUUAGCUUGUGUAUGCGUUGAUUUAUGCCAUCUUUAAAGAUAAAGGGUAGCUUUUAGUUCAGCAUAAUAUUUAUAUGUUAGAUCGAAUGUCGUGUCAUUUUUACUAUUUUUCAUAAGGAGAAUCACUAAAAACAGCAAAUAGAACAAUAUAAUAGAUCUGGUGAAAAUUUUUCUUUGAUAUUUUGUUUAAUUAUUCUUGCUGUAACAACGUAAAUAAGCAUUCGUCUGUUCAGCAGUGAGGUAGAUGAAGUCCUUUACGUUUGUAACUCAAAUUGGUAAAAUAAUAUGUGAAGUGUACUAGUAUAGUGUUGUAAUUAAACUUUGCCGAAAAUAACUUUUAUAUCUAAUGUUUAGAUACAAUAACAACAAAGAUCUUCCUGUAUACUGAAUACAUAGUUAUUGCUGUUGAUCAUAGUUAGCUGCAGCUGAUAUAAAUGGAUAUUUGGGUAAAUCCAUGAAUAAGAUGCUUAUUUUAAAUACCUUAUACAUGUAUGAAACUUAAAAAUAUUGUAUCUACAUUUUGUAAAUCGAAGUACGAAUGUGUUUUGUUGUGAAGUAAGCAAUACUCGAAAACAUGUUAAAAUUGUAUAGUUUUCUUACAAAACACUUCAUGUUAUUUCAAAAUUAAUUUGGCAAAAAGAUAAUUAUCCAAUUUUAAAAGAGAAUCUUAGUGUUUCUGGGUUACAUUCACAGUACUUAUAUUAAAUGUUAUUUACUCAUAAGUUUAGUGUUUAACAUGAAAGUUCUUAAGAAGUAAACUUGUUAACAACAAAUUUAUAAACUUUUAACUUAAAACAAAUAUACUAUUGUACAGAUAUCUAUCUUCAUAUAGAUUGUUGUUAAUUAUAACUGGUUAUAAGGUACACAAAUUAACAAAUGCGGUCAAUACUGUAUUACUCUAAAUAUAAUAUUUUGUGAGUGGAAUUAAACAUUUUAGCAGGCAGAAUUGUGUAUUUUAUUUUAUCACUAUUUGAAAUUGUUUCUUUUUAAAAGAAUGAUAGUUUAAAAUUUUUAACUGAAGAACAAAUGCAGUAAAAUUUGCACUUUUUUUUUUACAAGUAUAUGAGUGACCAAUGCAGAGUAUUGUAAAAAAAAUUUUUAUUUUUUUUUCUGAUUGUAUGAGCUUGUAUUAAACUCUAUGAUUUCAAGAUGUAACAUUUGGUUAUGGUAAUUUUCAAUUAUAGAUAUUUAUGACAAUACUAAUUUUUAUAAAAUAAUUAUUUAGUAAAAGUGAAUAAUAGAAGACACGAGUUCUUUUGUUCACAUUUAUAACAUUCUUGGUAAUUUGAUGCAGUGUACAGAUCCCAUCUGUAUUGUGGUAGAGCCAUUUUGAAGUUUCUGAAAAAGCCAAUUUUCUUAAAGCUUUAGCACAGUAGCCUAUUUAGCAUUAAAGUCUAUUGUGAAGAAUGUGGUUAUGCAAUAAAUCAAGUCUUUGGAUUCAUACCAUAA